GUGAUGACAAACUGAUAAUGAGAGUAUUAGGUGGCGAACUAUCAGUGAUAAUAAUAAUAGUACUGAUGAGUGAUUGAAUGCACUGCGAACUCUUUUCUCCAUCUGUUAACUCUUCGAUAAUACUCUGGUCAUAUCAUGAGACAGCUGUGUGCAUAUUCACUUCUUCAUGAUUCCAGUGACGUUGGACCAUUUCGGACUUGUCCGAAGUAUAUUCAUAUGCAAAAAUGGUCGUAAAGUAAUCGAAGCAAAGCAUAGUAGUGAAUUAUUUCUGUGUACUGUAAUAGUUACCAUUUGAUUCUAAGGAAAGUGAAAGGUCACUGGAGAAAUUAAUGAAUCGGAAAAGAGCGAAUAGUGAUGGCGAUGGUCCAUCCACAGAUUUGGAUCAGAUGAAACCUGAAACAACCAAAGAGGGACGUUUCAAUUUCACUCAAGAUCCAAAAGUACUGGAAGUGCAAAGACAGCUGUUGGAUAAUAUGAAUAAUCCACCCUCAAUAAAUCAAGAUGACGUGAAACAUCCAUGCUCCACCAAUUCGAAUAAGAAUGUUGGAUCAAUUAAGUAUUAUCGACUCAUCAAAAGGAAUGGUGUGUGUUCACGAUCAGGAUUUGAUACAGAUUUCAAAAGUGCCAGUGGACGACCAGUUGUAAAAAAAGUAAUGCCAGUAUUUCCUGAUAAUGUGAACACCAUUAAUGACAAGACACAGCGUUAUCUAGGAGGAAGGAAAGUUGUUCUGACAAAUGAGAUGUUAGUACACAAAAUGGAUACCAAUGGAAAUGUCAAUGAAUUACAAAAUAGACAUCCUGCGAUGAAUAGUGGGUGUGGCGUUGUAAGUAAAAGAGAAGGGUGGAAAGCGGAUGAAUCGUUGAAAAAUUUGGACGACAAUAUAAUUAACAUAAUUGAAGCCGAGAUUAUGUCAACACGAACGGAUAUUCAGUGGGCGGAUGUAUCUGGUUUGGAAUCAGCUAAAAAAGCGCUCAAAGAAGUUAUCGUUCUUCCAUUUCUCCGGCCUGACAUUUUCAAAGGCAUACGUGCACCACCCAAAGGUGUAUUACUUUUCGGACCACCUGGCACUGGUAAAACAAUGAUUGGACGAUGUGUUGCAUCACAGUGCAAAGCAACGUUUUUCAAUAUAGCAGCAUCAUCUAUUACGUCGAAAUGGGUUGGUGAAGGUGAAAAACUUGUCCGGGCUCUUUUUGCAAUAGCACGGGUUUUGCAGCCUUCCGUAGUUUUCAUCGAUGAGAUUGAUUCUUUACUUACAAGUCGGAAUGAAAGUGAGCACGAGUCAUCAAGAAGAAUCAAGACUGAAUUUCUUAUCCAUUUAGACGGUGUUGCAACUUCCUCUGAUGAAAGAAUUCUUAUUUUAGGAGCUACAAACAGACCUCAAGAAUUGGAUUCAGCUGUUAAACGUCGUUUUGCGAAACGAUUGUACAUUGGCUUACCAUGUGAUACUGCAAGAGUACAAAUGAUUCAGUCACUUCUCAGUGAUCAGAAACACGAUCUUUCCGAUGACGAUAUACAAUCCAUAGCGAAAUUAACGAAUGGUUAUUCGGGUGCAGAUAUGAAGCAACUGUGUUGCGAAGCAGCCAUGGUUCCAGUUCGUAAUAUUGUUGAUUCAUCGUCGCUUGACAUUGCGUCCAUUAGCGCUGAUGAUAUUCGCUCAAUUUCUUUUUCGGAUUUCGAAACAGCGAUGCGUUUUGUUCGCCCAACAGUUGUUGAAAAGGAUCUCGAAGGGUAUCAAACAUGGAACAAACAGUAUGGAUCUUUUGUUCCGGAUUAAAGCGAUAUUGGUUUUAAAGGACGUUUUGGGAACCGUUAGGUUCCAUCAUCGUUUUAGGAACAGUUAUGGUUAUAAAUUUUUUUGAAUAAAUUUAUAUGGUAUUCAUUGUGUGUUUGUUGUUAUAUUUCUGGAAAUGAGUAUGAUUUCCAGUUGCUAUCCACUUCCAUUGUCAUACUAUAUGCAUAGUAUGCUGAAUGUUGCGUA